AUGGUAGGUUUAGUGACGUUCAUUCGACAGUCCUCGACGAUGAGGGCCAAACUAAUAGCACGUAGUGCUGUAAGUGCUGUGCCCCUGCCUGAGCCUGUGAAGAAACACCAACCACAACAGGCCCACUUGAGAAAGUGGCUCCCCAAUAGGUGCGGUGCUGUUACGCAAAAGGUUGGUAUGAUGCCUUACUUCGAUGAGAAGACUGGUGAGAGAAUCGCAGCUACAAUCUUACAGUUUAACAAUGUCGAAGUAUUAAUGCACAGGCGACUGGACGAAGAUGGAUAUGUGGCUUGCCAGGUUGGUUACGGUAAUAGGUCUGUUGAUAAAGUUUCGAGGCAGAUGCUGGGGCAUUUUGCAACAUUGAAUGUAAACCCAAAGGAAAAAGUAACGGAAUUUAGAGUCAAGAAUGAAGAAGGGCUCUUACCCAUCGGUACGCAUAUUAAACCAGAUUUUUUUACCGAAGGGCAGUACCUAGAUGUUAGAUCGGUUAGCAAAGGUAAAGGUUUUGCUGGUGUUAUGAAACGUCACAAUUUCAAAGGUUUAAGAGCUUCUCAUGGUACCUCAGUUAUGCAUAGACAUGGUGGUUCGUACGGUCAAAACCAAGAUCCUGGUCGUGUUUUGCCAGGUAAGAAAAUGCCUGGUCAUAUGGGUGUUCAAAAUGUUACUGUUCAAAACGUCAAGAUUCUUAAGGUUGAUGAAGCCAACAAUGUCAUUUGGGUCAAAGGUGCUGUACCAGGUCCAAAUGGUACUUAUGUAAAAAUUCAGGAUGCCAUAAAAAAACUGAAAGACUAA